UUGACGGUGGAGCAAUGUGCACAACUGAAUGAAGUUCUAUUGGAUCCAAGUUUGGGUGUUGUCAAAGAGAUGGUCAAACAAAUCGAGAAACCAUCUCGAUGUGCCACAUCUCAAAUCACUCCAUCAACUCAUAAGCUCCUCACAUGA